CGACGCAACGUGGACCCCUGACUGCUAACCUGUACAACCAAUAGAAGCGGGGGUCUCCGUUCGUUUGUCAUUCUCACGGCCAAUCACAAGGUCGGAUGGGCGGGCCUAGCGAGGGCCUGGCAUUCAUGUUUGGUUGCAAAAGGAGCAGUCCCCCGGCUGUGAGACGAGGAGACCCGGGACGGAUGUGACCCCACCACACCUCUUUGAAAAGUACUUUUCCCUCGACAACUGGAACUGAAUUACUUGGAAUUGGAUGCUGUGGAUGAGGAAUCCUUUGAGAUUAUUCCCAUAGAUUUUUAUUAUAUUUAUUCACCCCCCUGGAAUGGCAUUGGAUAAGAGCUAAAACCGGGUGGUUUCUCAGUCUUCAUCGAGGCGUUUUGGCGGACUUCACUUACUUUUCCCGGAGGUCUGGCAUUUCCCAAGCCCAGUCCGACAUGGAUCAAGCCAGCGGGGGAGAGGACCCCAACAAACCCUCUAAGAAGAAGUCAAACGAGGAGGAGGGAAAAAACAAGAAGCUGAACAUACACAUAAAAACAUUGGCUGACGACAUGCGAGACCGGCUCACUAGUUUCCGUAAGGCGGCCCUGAAGAAAGAGAAGCCCCUGAUUCAGCACUCGACGGACCUCCAAGCCACCCCCACCGAGAUGCCCCUGCCUCAGCCCCUGUUCGACGACCGCUCGCUGAACCUCUCGGAGAAGGAGAUCAACGACCUCUUCGAGAAGAUGAUGGAGGACAUGAACCUGAACGAGGACCGGAAGGCGCCUCUGCGUGGGAAGGACCUCAGUACCAAGCGAGAGAUGGUGGUCCAGUACAUCUCGGCCACUUCCAAAUCUAUAACUGGGAGCAAAGUUGCGGGCGGUCUGAGGAACAGCAAGCACGAGAGCACGCUGUCGUCCCAGGAGUACGUCCACGAGCUGCGCUCCGGCAUCACAGAGGAUAAGCUGCUUAAUUGUCUGGAAUCCCUCAGAGUCUCUCUCACCAGCAACCCCGUCAGGUCAGUGCAGCCGGCCUCCGCACGCGCACACUCACACACGCGCACACGCACACACACACACACACACACACACACACACACACACACACACACACACACUGCCUCCCCAGCUGGGGCGUAGGUGUACCUGCUGUGGUCCUGUGUUCCGCGUCCUUUUUCUCCUUUGGGAUGGUUUGUCAUGGGCCAUGAAACAGUUUACAAAUACAGGUGCCUUAAUAAUUCCAAAUUUGAAUGCCAAUCUGAAAUCUACGAUGAGUGUCAAACAUCAUGGGGUGAAACACAAGUCCAUGUUUCUCAUGAGAAGUAUUUGGAACACCCAUUCAACGUUCGCACCAAAUCACAUGCACAUCCAUCAUCUAUAUCCAUUUUCAUUGGGUUCAUUUUUGUUGGUGAAAGGGUAAGGUGUUUAAGACGGGUCCAAAACAAUGGAACCAGUGCAGUGGUCCAUUUCCAUGGUCUACUGGGUCAGCGUUGUUUAACCUCCCUGAAAGCUCUAUCAGACGUUGUUAUUGUGUGUCCGUGCGGAGCGCCUCCAUUGACUGUAAAUCAUUUUAUCUCCUGGAGAGCGAGCUCACCUGCUCCGCACCCAGUGUCUCGUGUUCGUAACCGAACGCGGCGGUCUGCGUGCCAGUAAGAUGGCUGAUUAACAGAGCCUCUUCACAUCACCAACACCACACCUCUGCCAAAGCUCUCCCGGUCCCAGGAGUGUAUUACUUUUAAUUGUGUUUUUUAAUUGCAUCCUUAUUCAGCUUAUUUUAAAUCCAGUUUCGUGGCUCGUCGAAUGACGUACACGCGGGCCUCCGCACGGUCCUGCCGACGUGUAGAAGGUUGGGCGUUGGGGUUCUCGAACGCAGAACGUCACAUCAGGCGGGUUGGAGGGACAUGCGCGUUCUCCUCCAUCAAAAAGCCUCUUGUGUACGCGCCAAUCCCCGCGGUCGCUUCAUCUCGUGUUGUGUACUUGUUCCGGGAAUUGUUCCCGGUUUGUUUUUGUUUGUUCUUUCAUCUGUUUCCCCACAAACUUAGUCUCUGAACUCAAGUUCCGCAAGAUGUCAUCCACUUUAAUCGCAGAAAGUUGGUCCGUUGGAUCCCGCCUGUUACUAAUUGGCCCGACGUACCUCGUAGGGCCUGUUCCGCACGGAGCGAUGGGCAUGGUUCAACAAGAAUAGCUUGUGGCGCAGCCUGUUAAGCAAGCAUAGCCAAUGGUGCGGCGGACAAAAUGAGUCCAGGCUCAGAGUCACUGGGAGCACAUCUGUCAUCCCACACCGCUCUGUCCAUUAGGCUCUAAUAGAUAGGAAGUCCGCCUCCCCACAUCAGAGAGCCAGCCAUUCUUCUGACACCUCAAUGAGCACAUGGCUCUCAUCCAAGGAAGGGCCAAGCAGGCCGGACACGCUCCAGCCACCACCACCGCCCUACUGCCCCCUACUGCCC